AUGGAGGAUUCUGCUGCUCCUGGUCGUGCUGCAUCAGGGGAGUGGAGCCUAAGGCUGCAGGCCCUAAAGGCUCGUAUGAAGAAGGGAGGUCCUGCUGCUGAUGCUGCUGCUGCUGCUGCUGCUGCUGAGGGGUUAUUUAUCUCCCCAAGUGCCCCUGUGUCUGCGUCUGCUGCUGCUGCUGUCACCAUCUCCUCCCCUCCUCCUGGUGCUGCUGCUGCUGCUGGGGGGUUGGCGAGGGACGGAAGGUUAAAGCCUCCGCCGCUGCAGAGGCGACAGCUGCAGCAGCAACUGCUGCCGCAACAGCAGCAGCAACUGCAGCAGCAGCAAGUACAAAUGCCACAGCAGCAAAUGCAGAUGCCACAGCAGCAGCAGCAGCAGCACCGCAGCAACCAACCUAAGAAGCUCCCUAGUACUGCACAAGGGAGGCUGCUGCAGCAGCUGCAGCACGCGCUGCAGCAGCCGCCACCUCCCCCGCUGCAGCAGCAGCAGCAGCAGCAACGAACUGCUGCACCACGAAUGGCGUCAACACCAGCAGGACGUUCAUCGUCUCCUGUCUUUGAUUCUAUUACUGCUGCUGCUGCAGGUGCUGCAGCAGUUCCUGUUGCUUCUUCUGCUGCUGUUACUGCUGCUUCCCCUAGUUAUGCAGCAGCAGCAGCAGCAGCAGCACCAGUGUCUCAAUCUUUUGCUGCAUCAGGCAGCAGAGACUUUGAUGCCCCCAUGUCUUUUGAGGAAUUAAUGCGAAGAAAGAGGGAGAAGGAGCAGCAGCAGCAGCAGCAACAGCAGCAGCAGCAGCAACAGCAGCAGCAACAACUUAGGGAAGCGGGGAACGGACCCCAACGGCUGUCCGAUCCCGCAAAUGCAGCAGGACCUCCAGCAGCAGCAGCAGCAGCAGCAGCAAGCUUUCCUCCAAGACGACAGCAGCAGCUGCAGCAGCAGCAGCAACAGCAGCAGCUGCAGCCUGCACCAAAGGCACAGCAGCAACCAGGGCAGGUUCUGCAGCAACAGAGACUCGCGCGGCACCAAAGCCCACCACCACAGCAGCAACAGCAGCAGCAGCAGCAGCAGCCACGAAGCCCGCCUCCUGCAGCAGCAGCAGCCGCGGGAGUAGCAGCAGCACCUACUGCAGCAGCUGCAAGAAACGUGCAGCAGCCAAAGCCGCCUCUGCAGCAGCAGCCACAGCAGCAGCUGCAGCAGCAGCAACAGCAGCGAGCCCCCUUCCAGCAGCAGCAGCAGCAGGCGCAGCCGAAGCAGGCGCCUCCUGUGCAGCAGCAGUGGCGGCAGCAGCAAUUACCGCCGCUACUGCAGCAGCCACCGCAGCAAAAGCAGCAGCAGCAGCAGCAGCCUAAAGCCCCGCUGGCUACACCUCCUGCAGGGCGCAUCCAACCACCACCAGUGCAGCAGCAGCAGCAGCAGCAGCAGCAGCGACAGCUGCCGGUGCAGCCAGGAGCAGCAGCUGUUCCUCCGGUGCAGCAGCAAGCUAUUAAACCUAAGGCUGCUGCUCCUGUUCGUGCUGCUCCUAAGGCAGCAGCAGCACCACCACCUGCUGCUGCUGCUGUUCCUGCACCACCUGCUGCUGCUGCUGUUCCAGCACCACCUGCUGCUGCUGCUGCUGCUGCUGCUGCUCCAGGAGCAGUAGCGUCCCGUCCAGCACCUGCAGCAGCAGCACCAGCAGCAGCAGCGCGCCCAACGCCUGCACCGCCUGCAGCAGCAGCAAACCGUGCAGCACCUCCUGUUGCAGCAGCAGCAGCAGCAGCUCCAGCAGCAGCUGUAGCUAGGAGAGGUCAUGUGCCUAAAGCAGCAGCAGCAGCAACAGCAACAAAAACAGUUGCUGCUGUCCCUGUAUCGCACUCCGCUCCUGCAGCACCUCCUCCUGCUCCUCCAGCAGCAGCAGCAGCAGCACGGCUCCAUCCACAGCAGCAGCAGCAGCAGGUGCUGCAUCAACCACAGCAGCAACUGCAGCAGAAGCAGCAGCAACUGCAGCAGCAGCAGAUGCAACUCAAGAAACCAGCAGUUCGCAAUACAGCAGCAUCCUCUUCCCUCCCUGCUGCUGCACCUGCUGCUGGCGUAGCAGCAGCAGCACCACUGCAGCAGCAGCAGCAGCAGCAGCAGCUCCCCCGACCUGCUCAACCGCAGCAGAUUAAGCAGCAGCAGCAGCAGCAGCAGCGGCCACAAACGGCUGUGCCCCCAGUGGUGAAGCAGCAGCAACAACCGGGCAGACCAGCACCGAGACUGCCGCAGCAGCAGCAGCAGCAGCAGCAGCAGCAGCCACCGCCGCCGCCACUGCAGCAGUUGCAGCAGCAGCAGAAACAGCGGCCAGGUCUUCAGCCGCAGCCUGCUGCACCCCUCGUCAGAACGCAGCAGCAGCAGCAGCAGCCGCAGCAGCAGCAGCGUGCUGCCGCGGUACCUGGGGCACCUCGGCAACCUCAACAGCAGCAGCAGCAACUGCAGCAGCAGCGGCAGCAGCAACAGCAGAAUGUAGCAUCUAGGGCAGUAGCAGCAAGACCUGCUGCCCAAGGCAUUCGCUCCUCCCUCCAAGACCCGGAGCAGCAGAAGCUAGGGGAGCACCUUGCUGCUUGCUGCUCCGCCUUUGCUCCCCUAAGGGGGCCCCUAUGGCCUUAUGGCUGCGGAUCUAUGGAGGCCCUAAUCAAGCAGAUGCAGCAGGUAACUGCAGCAGCAGAUUCAAGACUUGCUGUUGCUGCUGCUGCUGCUGCUCCUGCUGUUGAAGCAGCAGUUGCAGGAGCAGACAUGCAGGAGGAUCCUGUAUCCCCCCUGCUGCACACUCGCACAAGGCCGGACCAGCAGGAGCAGCAGCAACAGCAGCAGCAGCAGCAACAACAACAACAACAGCAGGAGAAGCAGCAACAGCAGCAGCAACAGCAGCAGCAGAAGCGGCAGCAAGCUUCUGCCUUUGCCCCGCUGCUGCCGCUGCUGCGGCUAGCAGCAGCAAAGGCAGAAGUUGCUUCUCGUGAUCAGCUGUCUUUUGUGGAUAUAUACGGAGCAGCAGCAGCAGGAGAGACAGCAGCAGCAGCAGCAACAGCAGCAGCAGCAGAGACAGCAGUUGCUGCUGCAGUAACAGAUGCGCAUGCACCAACAACGCAGCAGCUGCUGCAGCUUCCUGCUGCUGAUAUUGUUAAGAGAUUAGAGGAAUUCGCGCAGCAGCAGCAGCAGCAGCUAAAGUCUCUGCAGAUGCAGUUUGCUGCUGCAGCAGGGAAACGAAUCUUGGCAACUGAUGCUACUGCUGCAACACCUGCUACUCCUGCUGCUGCUGCAGCAGCAGCCCCAGCAGCAGCAGCAGCAGCGCAACAGCCGCCAACAAAGAGGACAAAAAUUGUCUCUACACUGACCGCCGUUCCCCCUACAGGGGCUUGA